AACUGCGCAAAAUAUUACGUUCGUUUGUUCCCAGCGAGUGAGUGAGCUUCAACUUUAUUUUGGAUCUUAUUUAAUUCAAUUACACAAAGAAACAAGUAAAACAACGCUUAUUAGGAUAACUGUAUAUAUUCCUAUAUAUUUGCUCCAAAACAACGGACCCCCGUUAUUCUUUUGAUCUUUGCCGCAUUGCUCCUUAAUCGGUACCUGGCAACGUGAUACGCUCUUCGAGUGGUGUUUCUCCGGUAUUCAGUACAUUUGGUACGAGGCGCGCCUUCAGUCUUGUAGAGUACUAUUUUUCAGUGGAUUCCAUCAACCAAGGAUUUGUUAUCAUUCACCCUGAUCCACCGUAGCCCCUGACAAUGUCCAAGAUCAUCACAGUCUUUGGGUCCACUGAACCCCAGGGACACUCCUUGAUCCUGUCUCUCCUCAAAGACCACAAGUACACCAUCCGAGCUGUCGUCACGCGGAAAACAUCCUCAUCAGACCAAGCCAGCAAGCUUCGCGACCUCGGUGUCCAACUCUUCGAAACAAACCUAGACGAUCGACAGAGCAUCGCGACUGCACUUGAAGGAGCUUAUGGAUGCUUCCUCUAUACAGAGACCGACUUUGGUGCAUCAAAUCCGGAAGAGCGCGAAUACCAGCAGGGGGAGAAUGUUGUCGAUGUUGCCAUGGUGAAGAAAGUUCAGCAUAUUGUUUUCAGUACGCUUCCGUCAGUUCGUCAGGCCAUCGGGAUCUCGGCAGCGAACUGUGAUGCCAAGGCCCGCAUUAAUGAUUACAUCAAUGAACGUGAACUUCCCAGGACAAGUGUCAUCUUUCCCUUUUCGUAUCAGAACCUCACAACAGUUUUUAAGCCAAAGAAAUUACAGCAGCACGUCUAUGGAUUAGGAAUUCCUAUGUUGAACACCUCCAUCAAUAUGUUCGACGUUAACCAGGCUGGCCCAUUGCUUCAUUACAUUUUUGACAACCCCGCCCAGACGAUGAAUAAGACUUUUAAUGUGGUCGGAGACAAGUUACGAGUCGAUGAGAUUGCGCAAAUAUUUGCCAAAGUUCUCAAGCCAAAUGAGUUUAAAGAUAUGAAGAUGCAGGUUGAGGAGUUCCGAAGGCUUCCGGGGGAAGGCAUCGAGGAUCUAGGAAACAUGUUUGAGUACUUUGCCAGGCACGAUCUUCGUUUCAAUAUGGAGACUACGAAGAAGAUGCUACCAAACGUGAAGAACUUUGAACAGUGGGUCGUAGAAAAUAAAACAUCGCUCUAUGCAAUACUGAACUGAAAAGUUAGUUAAGAUGUUAAUCGCUGAUACCAAAGAUCUAUUGACCCAUUAUCAUGGUGCCUUUUUAUACCCAAAAAUGAUGAAAAUGGUGAAGUUACAGUGUGUGUAUGUUUUGGAAUUGUACAGCAAAGAUAACCUUCCCUUUUUACUAAGACAAGGGUUAGAAAGAGAGAGACUAAGAAAGAGCAGUAAGGGUUGAAAGCAGAAAUAAGAAAAGAAUGGGAAGGAAGGAACGAAGAAAGAAAGAAAGAUGGAGAAAGAAAGAGAGAGAGAAAGGGAAGAGUGAAAUAUUCAAGAAAAAGAUGGAGCAGAAAUUUAUGUCAGUUAUGUCAUAAAUCAGCUUUUUCUUUUGUAUUUUUAUUAUGUGAUCUUUAAAAAUAUUUCUUUAUUAAAGAAUUAGGAUCAUUCUCUCCUUCACUUCCAAGGGGAACCUUAUACCUUGGUCACAUUUGCUCAACGGCGAGUCGAAAACAGCCGUUUUCACAUUUUAUGUAUGAGCUACAUAGAGGUGGUUUAUAUAAAAAUGAAUAAAAUGGCUGUUUUCAAUUCGCCGUAUGGCCGCCGUAGAGUAAAUGUGACCAUGGUAUAAGAGUUACUUUUAUCUACGACAUUUUCAUCAUCCUUUUAUUAAACCUUGAUGAAAUUUAAAUCUUGUGUCAAAAGUGUGCUACUAUUAAGUAAAUCAUGUGAUAUGUAAUACAAGAAUGCAAAUAUGCUGAAUCAUGCAUAUUCUAAUUCAUGUUUUUUUUAGAUUUUUAUAAUGUCAGUAUUUAUAAUGUCAUGUACCACCAUGUACAUGUCGUAGAGUGUAGUGAAAUGGACAUUGGCGGUGGAAGCCAAAAAAUUUAGGGGGGGGGGUCACCUAAAAUUUUGGGAUGGAUACAGG